CGUCGCCUGUCUCGUCUUAAGAAACCCAAAGACGGGGAGGAUGAAGAUAGAGUUAUGAUGGGCACCAGAAUUGCAGAAGGCCACCAAAACUAUGUGCUUAUGUACAACAUGCUCACAGGCAUUCGUAUUGGUGUCGGACGAGUAUCUGCCAAGAUGGACAAACCAGUUGAAGAUGCUGAUUUUACUGCUGCGCAUAAGCUAGCCUUUGAUGUUACAGGUGAUGAGCUGACGCCAGGUGCAAAGUAUGACUUUAAGUUUAAAGAUUACGCCCCUUGGGUAUUCCGUCACUUGCGUGAGAAGUUUGGUAUUGACCCUGCAGACUACUUGAUUUCCCUUACAAGCAAAUAUAUUUUAUCUGAGCUGGGCUCACCCGGAAAGAGUGGAAGUUUCUUUUAUUACUCUCGAGAUUAUCGCUUCAUUAUCAAGACCAUUCACCAUACCGAACACAAAUUUAUGCGUGAUAUUCUUAAGCAAUAUUACGAGCAUGUGGUAGACAAUCCCGAUACGCUGCUUUGUAGAUAUUAUGGUCUUCAUCGUGUCAAAUUGCCUCAUGGACGCAAGAUUCACUUUGUAGUCAUGGCUAAUGUGUUCCCGCCUAACAAAGAUGUUCACGAAACAUACGAUCUGAAGGGUUCUACAAUAGGUCGAUUCUUGCCUGAGGAGGAGAUUGAAAAGAACCCUCACGCUGUGAUGAAAGAUUUGAACUGGGAGAAACGUGGACGAAAGCUGCAACUGGGACCCAAGAAGCGCAAGAUAUUUAUCAGCCAGCUAGUUCGUGAUGUCAAGCUGCUCAUCCAGCUUAACAUCAUGGACUACAGUCUGUUGAUCGGUAUUCACGAUCUUGUGCGUGGUAAUCAGGACGGUAUCCGUAACUCAACCCUUCAAUUCUUCCAGCCGGACACCAAAAAGGCCGAGCGACGUGCGACGUUGAUGAAGCGACGAGAGAGCAAGGCCCAGGUGCAUCGAAAGGCCAUUGCACAGGCUAACCCCGACCGUCUCGACAUCUCGGAGUUGCCAGAAGAUCCAUUUGGUGAACGCUCAAAGUGUGUGUUUUAUGCAGACGAGGGCGGGUUCCAGUCGACAGAUGAGCUUAAUCGCCCGACCUCUUCACUCUACUUUAUGGGUGUAAUUGAUAUAUUGACUCCUUACGAUAUGAAGAAGAAGUCCGAGCACUUCUUCAAGAGUAUGACUCAGGACAAGAAAGCCAUCUCCGCUGUCAAACCUGCCCACUAUGGUGAUCGCUUUAUGGGCUUUAUGGCCAAAACCAUU